AUGCGGACAUCUCUAGCACUGGCCCUGCUGCCCCUGGCGGCCGCUUUACCUCGAGACCAAGGUUGCAGUAGCGCAACCAAAGAGACUGCCUACGACUAUGUUGUUGUUGGUGGCGGCACAAGUGGCCUGGUCGUAGCUAAGCGCCUCUCCGAAGACCUCUCUGUCUCGGUGCUCGUUAUCGAGGCUGGAGAUUCGGUCUUUAACAAUGUGAACGUUACCAACCCGAACGGUUAUGGCCUGGCUUUCGGCACGGAAAUCGACUAUGCAUACCAGACGGUCAACCAAACAUACGGUGGCGGCCUGAUUCAGACAAUGCGUGCCGGCAAGGCGUUGGGUGGAACCAGUACCAUCAAUGGAAUGGCAUACACCCGCGCGGAAAUUUCCCAAAUCGAUGCUUGGGAACAGGUCGGCAACGAUGGCUGGAACUGGGACAGCCUAUUCCCGUACUAUCUCAAGAGCGAGCACUUCCAAGUCCCCGAUGAGGAGCGCACCGUCGCAGCACACCUGCCCUUCGAUAAAGAGUUGCAUGGUCUCAACGGCCCCCUUAAGACGGGCUGGAACUAUGAACAGACCAACUCGUCUCUGACUAGCACCAUCAACUCCACCUUCAAGGCCAUAGGUGUGCCCUACAACCCCGACGUCAAUGGUGGAAACAUGGUUGGAUUCUCGCUCUACCCCUUCACCACGGACUCGACAUUGCAUGUGCGCGAGGAUGCCGCCAGAGCCUACUACUUCCCGUACCAGAAUCAGACCAACCUCAAGGUGCUCCUCAACACCAAGGCCAACAAGAUUACCUGGAGCCAGAACUCCAAACAGAACGCCGCCACCGCCGAGGGCGUCGAGAUCACCAGCUCUGACGGCACCACCUCGGUGGUCAAAGCCAACAAGGAAGUCAUCCUCUCGGCCGGGUCCCUCGCCUCGCCUCUGCUCCUCGAGCUUUCCGGCAUCGGCAACCCCGCCGUCCUGUCCAAAUACGACAUCGAGACCGUCGUCGACCUGCCCACCGUAGGCGAGAACUUGCAAGAUCAGAUGAACAACGGCCUUUCAUUCAACGCCGCCAAUGGCUUCUCCCUCGCUGAUAAGACCUCCUACAUCGCCUACCCCUCCGUCUCCCACAUAUACGGCAACGAGACCCUCCUUGUCGCCGAGAACAUCAAGGCCUCGCUCCCUGAAUACGCAGCUCAAGUUGCCGCCGUCAACGGCAACGUGACCCGCGCCUCGGACCUGCUCGAGUUUUUCCAGAUGCAGUGGGACCUCAUCUUCACGUCGCAGGUCCCCAUCGCCGAAGUCCUCGUCUACAUCGUCAACGGCGUCUGGACGACAGAAUACUGGGCCCUGCUCCCCUUCGCCCGCGGAAGCAUCCACAUUGGCAGUGACUCGACCGCUAAUGCAGUCAUCAACCCCAACUACUUCAUGCUCGACUGGGACCUCCAAGAGCAAGCCCAAACCGCCCGCUUCAUCCGCAAGAUGUACGCCACUGCCCCCCUUGCCGGCAUGGUCCUCGAUGAGACGAGGCCCGGUCUGGAUACCGUCUCCGCCGCAGCAGAUGACGCGGAAUGGGCCGCGUGGUUGAAAUCGGCGUACCGCUCCAACUUCCACCCCGUCGGCACGGCGGCCAUGAUGCCCAAGGAGAAGGGCGGUGUGGUGGAUGCCAACUUGAAGGUCUACGGAACGUCCAACGUGCGCGUUAUUGAUGCUUCCGUCAUGCCGUUCCAGGUUUGUGGACAUUUGGUGUCGACGCUGUAUGCGAUUGCGGAGAGGGCAGCCGAUUUGAUCAAGAAAAGUGCUUAA